AUGGAAAGAAUCCAUUGCGCAGUUACGGGGUGCUUCCAACAAACAAUCAUGAACAAAAGCGAUGACUGAGAUCAUAUCUAAAGGGAUUGAGGGCUUGACCGCGUGGAUACAUUUAAUAAUGACUUAGCUGAUAGGCUACUGAGCCAAUCGUCCUUGUUUUUGUUUGUUUGGCUCACAGACGUGAUAAGAAACACAUUGGUCAAAGCCAAGAAGUUAACGAUAACAAAUAGCCAAGAAAAAGUUGUACUUAAUUCUUGUAAAGUUAAAAUGAAUUUCCUACACGCUACGAUAGAUAAGAGGCUUUUAACGGUCAACUCAUAAAAGUGAAUAAAGCAAAAAUAGUAGUCUACCUGUGAAAGUCGAUGGUGAGAGAUCCUGGUAAUCAGUCCCAGGAUAAAAAGGCGCUCGGCUAACAGAACAACACAAGUUGACAACGACAACAAAUACUAUUACCGAAGGAACUCUCUUCUUUCAAAACCUCACACAUCUAAUUAGGCUUAUAAGACAGAGGAGCAUCCUAUUCAACAACACAAUGUCUAGUGACGAUGAAGAUAUUCCCCCAUUGGAAGAUAUGUCCGAUCUUGUGGAGAAAAUCAAUAAUAUACGUGACAUCAAGUUUGAUAGUAAGCCACACUCGACCCCCACAACUACAUGUAGAACACAGCCUGAAGCAAGUGAUUCUGGAUUAAAUACAGCAGCUUCAAAAUCAACCUCAAAGCAUUCCAAGGCAUCAGAUUCAACAACAGACACAUUUGGCGGGUUCAAAAAAGGUUUUCUGCUUUCCUCAAAGCCUAGCAAAUCACAACAGAAGAUACCUCUGGCUACAUCUGAAGCAACACAAAAAUGUGAUGAUAUACCAUUCAUUAAACCAAAUACAGAAGCUGCUAAGAAUGAGCGGCAAAUACCUGAGGUUCAGGAAGCUAUGAAGAGUGGUAUUCCACUCCUUGAUAACAAAGAUUGGAUAACAGGAGAUCUUCUUGAGAAACUCCAGAGCAACCCAGCUCUUUUCAAGAAGCUGAUGGAUCCACGGUUCUCCCAGGCUCUUGCCCAGUUGCAGUCCAACCCAUGGGAAGCCUUUGCUUCGCUACAAGGAGACCCAGAGAUGCAGGUGGCUUUGCAGGAGUUUUGUUCUCUGAUGGGACAGCAUUUCACUCAACUUGGUGAUAAAGAUGACCAUUCUGUUGCUAAUGAGAGAGAGGCUCAAGAAGAAGCUAUUGGCCUUGUGGAAAGAACGUCAACAGUACAUGGUACAAAAAAUCCUACAGCCUCUUCCUCACAACAGCCUUCAGCAGCCGAUGAAAAGCAAAUGAAAGAAAUUCUCUCAAGACCUGAUGUAAAGCUCACACUACAGGAUCAACAGAUACAGGGGAUAAUUGGCCUGCUAAGAAGUAACCCUGAAGCGGCACACAGACAACUCCAGAAAGCAUCUCCAGAAGUGCAGAGCAAGCUUAGAGUGUUAAUUGAUGCAGGACUUCUUGCGAUUGCCAGAUGAAUACAACCUCAGGAGCCCAAAAAAAUCACUGGCAUUUGUAAUUUGUACCUAGGGCAUGGGGAGAUGAAAAAUAGUUUCGAGUCUAGCAUUGCUGUUGAUUUCGAUUUUUAGUUUUAACUUAUCUUUUGUCUGAUUAUUUAACACACUGGUAAGCAGUGUAAUGGCUGUGUAAGGGAGCAAUCAAUGUGCUAGACAGAAAAAAAGACAAAAGAUAUGAAACACAAAGCUCAGAAACCAUUUAAUUUAUUCAAACCAAAGCAUUGAGGUGAGCCCUCUGUAACUAAGGUCUGAACAGGCCAUUUGUGAAUGUUUAUACAUAACUUAUAUUAAUGGGGGGAACCAUUGAAACACCUCAUGAAAUAUGUUUUGUUUUGAUCUUAAGGCUUUGAAUAUCCUUCGUUUCCCAGUGUGUACAUUAAAUGGAAGUUUCAAUUUUAUUCUCUAACAACAAGAACACCUUCUCCAUAAUAUUGUUUUAUUUCAAUUUCUCUUUAAUGUCCUAAAUACAGCCUUUUUCUAACUUGACCAAAUCUACUACCAUCCUGAUAAAAUAUAAAAAAUGAAUUCCCUA